AUGGGUGAUUCGGACUACUGGAAGUGUUGCCAGGGGGAUGAUGAUGAGAUAGAGGAUGCUUUGUGCCCUUGGCCUGUAUGUCUCCUAUUUCGUCUCCCCUCUACUUUCAGCUCUACUAAGAGAGUGAUGAAUGCUAACUGUGAUUUGAUGUUUGAACAACAGUGCGGAAAGAAGAAUGUGCUCCCUCAGUACUUGUGUGAAAGAUGCGGACACUGGAUUUGUGGAAAUUGCCGGAUUGUUAAAGUGAAUGACAGUGCGAAGGGAAAUGACAGUGCCGAGAGAGAGAAGGACAAGGAUAAGGACAAGGGGAAGGGAAACGAUCAUGUUAAGAACCAGAAGGAUAACAGGAAGGGAAGUGAUGCUGCUGAGGGACGGAAGGCCGACGGGAAGUGA